AUGUCACCUUCUGAUCUUCAGAAGACAGGCUGUGAACACAUCCUGUUUGAGAGGCCGGGCCAGCGAUGGCAUCAAACUGCCAUAGUCACCAUCUUCAUCACCAUCUUCAUCAUCAUCAUCAUCAUCAUCACCAUCAUCAUCAGUAACCAAGAAGUUCCUGAUCCCAAACCCGGAGACCUGAUUGAGAUUUUCUGCAAUGGUUACGAGCACUGGGCCGUGUAUGUGGGAGACGGUUAUGUGGUCCAUGUGACUGAUGUUGAUGGUGGGCCUUCAGGAGUGAAUUUCUCCGGGUCUCCAUCGGGCUUGAGAUCCCGAGCUGUGGUUAAGAAGGACCUGCUGUCCAAGGCGGCCGCAGGAUGCCCGUACAAGGUCAAUAACAAAUACGAUGAAGAGAUCGGUGCACGGCCUGUUGAGGAGAUCGUCCGAAGGGCCUUGGCAAGGGUGGAGCAGGAGAGGAACUACAACCUCCUCUAUGAGAACUGCGAGCACUUCGCCACAGAUAUGCGCUACAGAAUUGCCCGCUCUGACCAGGCGGAGUAUCCCUUUCAUGCUUUGGUAGAUAGACUUGGUGUGAGAAACAUCACUGCUGUACGGAGUACUGUGCAGGAAACGGAAAGAGGGGACUCUCAGCCGACUCAAGCUCGGGCCACUGUCCGGCGCUGGGACGUCCCCACCCACCAAUGCCCGCGGCGCACUGUCUCUCGCUGGACGAGGGUCCUUCCACAGACGCUCGGGGACAGGCCCAUCCCGAUGGGCAGGAACAGGAUCCAGGGCCUGUGUGUCCACGCGACAAACAGAGAAGGUCCUGAGCCCAAACCCGGAGAACUGAUUGAGAUUUUCUGCGAUGGUUACGAGCACUGGGCUGUGUAUGUGGGAGACGGUUACGUGGUCCAUGUGACUGACGUCGAGAAGGGGCCUUCGGGAAUGAAUUUGAUCGCCUCUGUGUUGGGCCUGAGCACCGGAGCUGUGGUGAGGAAGGAGCUGCUGUCCAAGGCGGCCGCGGGGAAGAAGUACCGGGUCAACAGCAAAUACGACCAGACGCACCCGCCGCUGCCUCGCGUCGUUGAACGGGCAGAGGCGCUGGUGGGCCGGGAGAUAUCCUACAACCUCCCUGAAAGGAACUGCGAGAACUUUGCCACUCUGCUGCGCUACGGAGUUUCCCUCAGCGAGCAGGUGGACAAAAAGGCAAAGGUCAUCAGCGAGAACGUAGCUUUACUCGGAGUCGUGGCCCUGGCCGUGAUCAUCCCACUCGCGUUCAUUGUGUUCAGAAACUAGCUGCCAAGUGGUGGGGACGUGUGGGCAGGACGCCCAUGAGGGAGGACCGACCCCAGGGCCCUGAUGCCGGCUCCCGGCUCCCGCCUUCUGCUUCCGAGAGGAGCAAUAAACGGCCGCGUC